CCACUGACGAUAUUGUUAAAGUUGAAGUCUGGGAUGUAGUUGACAAAGGACAAAAAAUCCUCCUGCGUGAUGCUCUUGGAAAAUGCAAAAAACGAGGAGAUGGUUUGAAACUGGAAAAUGACCCUCAGGAGGCAGAGUCAGAAAUGGCCCUGGAUGCAGAGUUCCUGGAUGUCUAUAAAAACUGCAAUGGUGUAGUGAUGAUGUUUGACAUCACCAAACAGUGGACUUUUAACUAUAUUCUGAGAGAGCUUCCUAAAGUGCCGACCCACGUUCCAGUAUGCGUGCUUGGGAAUUACCGAGACAUGGGGGAGCACCGGGUCAUUCUGCCUGGCGAUGUGAGAGACCUCAUCGACAACCUAAACAGGCCUCCCGGCUCCUCAUAUUUUCGCUAUGCUGAGUCUUCCAUGAAGAACAGCUUUGGCCUCAAGUACCUGCACAAGUUCUUCAACAUCCCCUUCUUGCAGCUGCAGAGGGAGACGUUGCUGCGGCAGCUGGAGACGAAUCAGCUGGAUAUCGAUGCAACUUUGGAGGAGCUGUCAGUGCAGCAAGAGACAGAAGAUCAAAACUACGAACUCUUCCUUGAAAUGAUGGAAGCCCGAAGCCGAGGACAUGCAUCACCACUGACAACUAACGGGCAAAGCCCUUCCUCUGGCUCCCAGUCACCCAUAGUACCUCCAGGCUCCACAUCGACGGGCAGCUCCAGCCCUGGCACCCCACAGCCACCGCAGCCGCUUUCCACAAGCUCCACCAUCUCUCCUGAACCCCCUCCAUCUCUUUCACCAGUGCCUGCACCUGAAGCCCAGCAGCCACACGCACCUCCACCAGCUACAACCUCCCCAGCACCUCCGGCUGCAGUCCCACCGCCGAAGCGCAGCAUUAUAUCACGUUUGUUCGGGACGUCUCCUGCGUCAGACCCCUCUCCUCCCCAGCCAGAUGCUGCUGCUGCCACUCCUCCUCCCCACCCUGAAGCCUCUGCAAAAGUACAGAGCGUGGAGGACUUUGUUCCUGAUGACAGCCUGGACCACAGCUUUCUAGAAGACCCAGCCCCACAGAAGGAAAAAGGGAAACCACAGACUAAACACCGUGUCGAUAGUGAAAGCGAUGGGGAGGUGCCCGGGGGGAACCCCAUGGUGGCGGGUUUCCAAGAUGACCUGGAUCUGGAUGACAAAAUCCCCAGCAGACCCAUGCUGGCAGCAGAACGGGUGCCCAGCAAGAAUGUCACCCUCUCCAGUGAGGAGGAGGAAGAGGAAGAGGUGAAGGACUCGAAGGUCGUACUCAUACCUGGUGAAAACAUCGACACGGAGCAGGAAAAAAAAAGGUCUUCCAGAAAUUCUCUGAAACCACAGAGUGAAGCAAUUGUGACCAAAGCAACUGACCCGAAGCCUCUUGACAGUUUACCUCCACGUUCUGGGUCCGAAAGAAACAGCAGUAAGCUCAACACCAGCCUGCCAGCUGCUGCUGCUGCCACCCCAGCAGCAGUCCAGGCCCCAAAGACCACUUCCCAAAGCAAAGGACAUGCUCUCAAGCAGAAAGUGGUCAAAGAGGAAAAGCCUGAGGAGUCUGACAGUGACCAAGAGGGACCAAUAGCUACUCAGAUGCUCUCAUUUGUUAUGGAUGACCCAGACUUUGAAAGUGAGGAUUCUGACAGCCAGAAGAAGAAAAUG